GCUGAAGAUCUGGUGGCCAACUUUUUCCCAAAGAAGCUGUUAGAACUCGAUGGCUUCUUGAAGGAACCCAUCCUGAAUAUUCAUGAUCUCACUCAGAUCCACUCGGACAUGAACCUCCCAGUGCCUGACCCCAUCCUCCUCACGAACAGCCACGAUGGGCUAGAUGGGCCAAAUAUGAAAAAGAGGAAGCUGGAAGACCGCGAAGAGACCUUUCAGGGUACCAAAGUGUUUGUGAUGCCCAAUGGGAUGCUGAAGAGCAACCAGCAGCUGGUGGACAUCAUCGAGAAGGUGAAACCGGAGAUCAGGCUGCUCAUCGAGAAGUGUAACACGGUCAAAAUGUGGGUGCAACUUCUCAUCCCCAGGAUAGAAGAUGGAAACAACUUUGGUGUUUCUAUUCAGGAGGAAACAGUGGCUGAGCUUCGAACUGUGGAGAGCGAGGCUGCCUCCUACCUGGACCAGAUAUCUAGAUACUAUAUCACAAGAGCUAAGUUGGUUUCCAAAAUAGCUAAGUACCCUCAUGUGGAGGAUUAUCGCCGCACCGUGACGGAGAUCGAUGAGAAGGAGUACAUUAGUCUGCGUCUGAUCAUUUCAGAGCUGAGGAAUCAAUAUGUCACUUUGCAUGACAUGAUCCUUAAAAACAUUGAGAAGAUCAAGAGGCCUCGGAGCAGCAAUGCUGAGACCCUCUAUUAAGUGUCAACGUUUGAACUUGAGAACUGUUCAGUCAACUAAAGACCGUCAUUGCCUUGGUUUGUUACGUGACUAUCGAGAUGGGAAACUGGCUGGAAAUAGUAUCGCACUCUUAGUUAAACUCUAAAGAAAUUCUCACCUAGUUCUGUGAUUGGUUUUGUUCAGGUCUGAGGAGCUCUCCCUCCCUCUAGUAACUGGUAAUGGGAAGGCCUCACUGCUCUGGGAUGCCCUGGAGGCUACUGCCGAGCUGAGAGCACCAGCCAGGCAGGAACAUUCCUUCAUGCCUUCCUUCCUACCUGAGUAGGAACUCUGCUAGUGACCAAGCCCUUGUCCUUGCCCUGUCUCUUGGCUGGAGGCUCGUGGGUGUCCCUGGGAACGGAGCAGGCAGCAGGAGACCAAGCCCAGGUGCUGGUGCAGCAGCUGCGACACCGGCUCUUAUUGGUACCAUCUCCAGCUGAUGCCCCUGCCCGUGCUCUGCACUGACUGGUUGUAAAGACAGGGGGAACCUGUCCCUCCCGGGCUGGUGGUGGCAGCUGUGCUGACGGGCCACUGAGACGUCCUCGCUCUUCUCCUGGCUCCUCUUGCUUGGUAGAGCCGGUCCCAUCUGUCUCCACCUUGUGAAUUUUAGCUAAGUGGGUGCAGAGUGCGAGGUGAUGCUUUUAACCAAGGCUGGUUGCUGCACUGCCUGGUCAUGAGCUCAGGUGGCUUCUGCUCCUGUUUGCUAUUUGACUAGAGCCACUUUGCCCCAGAAAGUCAACUUUGUGUGUGUCCUAGUGCCCCUUGAGCAUGAGGUGCUUUUGCCUAGGCUGAGAGCGGGGAGGGGACAGGGAUCUGAUCCUAAAGCCCUAGUAGUCUCCACACAAGGGUGGGCUGUGACCUGCUGUCUCCUGGCAGAGCUCCCUGCUCUCUGCGCAGCUGCAGCAGCUGCUCCGUGGAGGGGAGGAUGCCCGAAGCCUCCUGAUACCAUCGCAAACCUCGUAGACUUCCCCCUGCAAAACAGUGCCCUCGUGGCCCGGUGGCUCCUCUAGGCCUCUGGAACGUUUCAUGGUCCAUUACAAACCCCUCUGGAAAUGACUGGUUGUGUUGCGUCACUUUUUGUGUGUGGGAAAUGGGCCCAUAACGCUGCAGACUCCAAAAUUUUCUUAUUUAUAGUAUUUCUACUUCAGUCCCUUGUUCAGGGAAUGUUAAAUCAGUUGUUUCUGGAAUCUUGCUGUUUCCCAGGUCUCACUGUUACACCCAUAUAUUCUUAUUGUGCAGUAGCCUUAAUAGUUGUGUUAACUUCAUUGUAACAUACAGUGACAAAUGGAAUGAGCUUUCUCCUUUUUUUUUUCUUUUUUUUGGUUCUUUCUGCCUCCACAUCUAAGAGCCGUGUUGUCUCUUGCUGGUUUCCCAGGGAUUUGCCCAGAGUGUGGAGGGCCCUCGGCCCUUUCUAUAGACUCUUCUGUUGUUGUUUGUAGUAAGUCAACUCUUGGUCUUCCCGCUAAUAAAUAUUCAGUAACAAACCAACUGCA